GUGGAGCGGCGUCUGUGCCUCGACGACGUCGCGACGUCAAUUAUAUGCUCUCGUUUGGACGCCCCCGCAUUUUCGUGGGAUGGUGCUUGCCCGACAGGCACGAAAAAGGCAUCGCCUCGCGAGGCGUCGCGACGCUCGCCGAACUAGGCGGCCGCAGCCCCUAAGCGGACCGAGGAAUAUGCUUCAUUACUUUUGGAAAUACCACGCAACGCGUUCCAACGUUACAUCGAGAAUCUUGGUAGCAGCAAUUGUAACUCUGGUAGCAGCCAAGCCAACGACGGAAGACGCAGUAGAUAUCAGCAAAAAACACGAAACUGCCGACGAUCUUCUGAAAAGCGCUCACGAACUCUUGAAUAGAAUCAACGCAGAGUAUGCAAAAUGGAAUAAUAAACAGAGUAUCACCGCAUGGAAUUACGCAUCGAAUCUAACGAAUGAGAAUCUGGCAGAAAAGUUGAAAUGGUCGGCAGAGGGGGCGAACGUUACCAAACAUAUUAUUCAAAUAGUGAAUGACUUCUCUUGGAGAGACUUGAAAGAUGAGUCUAUGAAGAGACAGUUCAAAAAGCUCAGUAUACUUGGUAUCGCCGCUCUUCCUGAACAAAGUUAUAACGAAUUCGAGAUGACGGUGAGUAAAAUGGAGAACAUCUAUAGCACCGCAAAGAUCUGUGAUUAUCAUAACAAGAGUAAGUGUGAUCUUGCGCUUGAGCCGGAAAUUAUUGAGAUAUCAAAGAGUAGUCACGAUCCUGAGGAGCUGAAGCAUAUCUGGGUGGAGUGGAGGAAAGCAUCAGGCGAGAAAGUCAAGUCUCUGUACUCCAAAUAUGUUGAACUAGCCAACACCGCGGCGACACUUAACAACUUCUCUGACUAUGCAGCAUUUUGGAUGAAGGAUUACGAGGCUGAUGAUUUCCCUGAACAAAUCGAGACUCAAUGGCAACAACUGAAGCCAUUGUAUUUACAACUGCAUGCUUACGUACGGCGCGAGCUCAGGAAAAAAUACGGCGAAGACAUCGUCUCCAAGGACGGCCCGAUCCCAGCGCAUCUAUUAGGCAAUCCCUGGGCUCAGACUUGGAAUAUUGCAAACUUUACUGUACCGUUCUCGGGUAAACAACUGCCGGAUGUUAGUGCCGCUCUGGUAGAACAAGAUUACAAUGCGACAAGUAUGUUUCGCCUCGCCGAGAACUUCUUCAUAUCAAUUAACUUGACUGCCAUGCCAGACACAUUCUGGGAAAAAUCGAUCCUGACGAAAAAGGAUGGUGUAGACAUGAUCUGCCAUGCGAGCGCAUGGGACUUCUACGAUGGCAAAGACUUCAGGAUCAAGCAAUGUACGCGCGUUAACAUGGAAGACUUGCUAACAGCAUAUCAUGAGAUGGGUCACAUCGAGUAUUACUUGCAGUACAAGAACCAGCCUGUAGUUUUCAAGGAGGGCGCGAAUCCAGGUUUCCACGAAGCGGUUGGUGAUGUUAUUUCUCUCAGCGUAUCUACCCCCAGUCAUCUCAAAAAGAUCGGUCUACUGACGGAUGAUUCGACUGAUCGGGAAGCAUUCCUCAAUCACCUCUAUAUGAAAAGUCUUGACAAGAUUGUCUUCCUGCCAUUCGCUUACAUGAUGGAUCGAUGGCGCUGGAAUGUAUUCCAGGGAAAAGUCACGCCCGAUAAUUAUAACUGCAACUGGUGGACACUCGCCGAGAAAUACCAGGGCAUCGAACCUCCCGUAGAUAGGUCGGAAGAAGACUUCGAUCCUGGCUCCAAAUAUCAUAUAAUUGCGGGUGUCGAGUACAUAAGAUACUUUGUAAGUUUUGUGAUACAGUUCCAGUUCCACAAGGCAUUGUGCAUCGAGGCGAAGCAAUAUGAUCCGAGCAAUCCAGAUACCAAGCCGUUAAGUCAAUGUGAUAUUUACGAUAAUAAGGACGCCGGAAAUCUGCUAAAAUCUAUGCUGGAGUUGGGUUCUUCGAAACCGUGGCAAGAUGCGAUGGAGAAGAUCUCGGGUCAAAGGCAAAUGGAUGCGGCUGGACUUUUGGAAUAUUUUAAGCCUUUGACUGAUUGGCUGACCGAAGAAAAUAUGAAAACUAAUGAAUACAUUGGAUGGAAACCCAGUAAAAAACUUGUAUUUAAAUCAGGACCACACAGCAUGGUGAAAGAACAAUUCAGGGAGACAAAUGUCGCCAGCGAAGUCUCCCACAUAUCUUUUGGAGUGGACAGCAUGCACGACAUAAAUAUGCAGGCCAGUGUGGAGGUGAUCUCCAAAAACCUGUACAAUGAAGAUACAAAGCAUACUCCUGCUUUGCAAGGAGCACUGGACAGGCGCAUGGGAGUGAGUUCUACAGGAGUCGAAUGCGAAACGUGUAGUAAAAAGUUGAACGACUGCGUAGGACAUUUCGGGUAUCUUAAUUUAGAACUACCAGUUUUUCAUGUUGGUUACUUCAGAUCGAUCAUCCAGAUUUUACAGACAAUUUGCAAGAGAUGUGCUCAUGUUUUGCUAACGGACGAAGAAAAGAAAUCUUUUUCAAGCAGCAUACAAAAUCCGCAAUCGGGAUAUUUAACGUCCAAAGCAUCGCGUAAGAGAAUAUUGGAAUUAGCGAGAAAGAAGACAGUAUGUCCAAAUUGUAAGUCAAAUAAUGGCCCUGUGAAGAAGGCUGGUUUUCUCAAGAUUGUACAUGAGAAAUACAAGAACUUAAAGAAAACAGAUCCUAUUGUUCAAGAAAAGUUGGCUGAAUUGGCCCCAAAGAUGGAACGCGACAUAGAAUUUAAAAAUAUAGUAGAGCAAAACUACAGAUGUGUAUUUGAUCAAUAUCUAUAUCCAAAUGUGGUGCAAGAACUUUUCAAUAGAAUUCCAACAGGCGAUAUCUGCUACUUGUUAAUGAAUCCUGGAUAUGCAACUCCAAUGGAUUUGAUAUUGAGAAGGAUCCCUGUGCCACCAAUUUGUAUUAGACCUAGUAUUUUAUCUGACCUAAAGGCUGGUACAAAUGAAGAUUAUCUGACAAUGAAAUUGUCAGAAAUAGCUCUUAUCAAUGACGUUAUUCGCAAGCAAAAAGGUGUUAAUAUAAAUAUGUACAUGGAACAUUGGGAUUUUCUUCAACUGCAUUGUGGUCUUUAUAUUAAUAGUGAAAUGUCCGGAAUACCUCUACACAUGCAACCUAAAAAGUUUGGUAGAGGUAUAGUACAAAGAUUGAAAGGAAAACAAGGUCGUUUUCGAGGUAAUUUGUCUGGUAAGCGUGUUGAUUUUACUUCUCGCACAGUCAUUUCGCCUGAUCCCAAUCUCAGAAUAGAACAAGUUGGUGUACCUAUAUAUGUUGCAAAGACUUUAACAUAUCCUGAAAGGGUCAUUCCAUCAAACAUAGAAUUAAUGCGAAAAUUAGUAAGAAAUGGUCCAGAUAUACAUCCUGGAGCAAACUACAUACAAUAUAAGAACUCGCAAAACAGGCGAUAUCUUGGAUAUGGCGAUCGGAAUAAAGCCGCUCAAGACUUACAGUAUGGCGACAUUGUUGAGAGGCAUCUCAAAGAUGAUGACUUAGUACUGUUCAAUCGGCAACCAUCUUUGCACAAAUUAAGUAUUAUGACACAUAGAACCAAGGUAUUGGAGCAUCGAACGUUCAGAUUCAACGAAUGUGUCUGUGCACCUUACAAUGCAGAUUUUGACGGCGACGAGAUGAAUCUUCACUUACCACAGACUGAAGAAGCCAGAGCCGAAGCAUUAGUUUUGUUAGCGAAUAAAUCCAAUCUAGUGACACCUCGCAAUGGUGACUUAUUGAUAGGAGCAACUCAAGAUUUUAUCACCGGUGCUUAUCUCUUGACUCAAAAGGACACGUUUCUCCAGCUAGAACAAGCUAGAUUAGCUCUUUGCCUUUUAGCUGGCUUGGACGCUUCUAUGAUCAUAACUCUUCCUCCACCUGCAAUCGUAAAACCGGCGAGAUUGUGGACCGGCAAACAAAUAUUCAGUCUCAUUAUACGACCGAAUAAGGAAUGUUCUGUCAAAGCAAAUCUAAAGGCAAAGGGCAAGACAUAUACCACCGGAAAAGAAUUUUGUAUUAAUGACUCUUAUGUUAUUAUUCGCAAUUCCGAACUCCUAGCGGGUACAAUGGAUAAAUCUGUAUUGGGCUCAGGAUCGAAACAAAAUAUAUUUUACAUUCUGCUGCGUGAUUGGGGUGAAGAUGUUGCAACUGCAGCUAUGUGGCGUUUAACUAGAAUAACAAAUCACUUCAAUUUUGAGAGAGGAAUUUCUCUUGGUAUCGGUGAUCUUAUACCUAGUCAAGGCCUUCUUCGAGCCAAGGAAAUAGUGUUAAAUACUCAUUACUCUACAUGUAACGAAUACAUUCAGUUAAUGGAUCAGGGUCAUCUCAUCUGUCAGCCUGGAUGUUCGGAAGAGGAAACACUGGAAACGAGAAUAUUAAACGAACUUUCGGUAAUCCGUGACAACGUUGGUAAAGCGUGUUUGAAAGAAUUGCAUCCCACUAACACUCCUCUAACUAUGGCACUCUGCGGGAGUAAGGGUAGUUUCAUCAACAUCUCUCAAAUGAUCGCUUGCGUAGGUCAGCAAGCUAUCAACGGACAUAGAGUGCCGGACGGAUUCGAGAAUCGUGCGUUACCUCAUGUCUUGAUAGGAUCAAAGCAGCCAUAUGCUAAAGGCUUUGUGGAAAAUUCAUUUUAUUCUGGAUUAGUGUCCAAGGAAUUCUACUUUCAUGCGAUGGGCGGUCGAGAGGGUCUUACAGAUACUGCUGUAAAAACUGCAGAGACUGGAUACAUGCAGAGACGAUUAAUUAAAAGUUUAGAGGAUUUGUGUAUCCAUUACGACAUGACGGUACGCAACUCUAUGCGCGAUAUCAUACAGAUUCCAUAUGGCGGUGAUGGAUUGGAUCCUACGUACAUGGAAGGUAAAGACUAAAGAGUGUACGAGCAUGUGAGGGCGAAAAUGCCUUAUAAAACCGAAGAGCCUUUAGAUGCUGCUAGCGUGAUUAAUGCUACACAUGAAAUGCUACGCUCUGAGGAGUACGAGUGCCUGAGUAAGGAAUUUAAAGACGAAUUAAUUUCAUUCCUGAAAUUAGUGGCGCGAAAAAUAAAAAUUUAUCGACAGAACAUUAUAUCGAAUUCGUCAGUGACUUCGCAACUCGAACGUUUCACCGUCUCGCAAUUAGUAGAGUUUAUUCACACGUGCAAGGAGAAAUAUAUGAGAGCUAAGAUAGAACCGGGCACUGCUGUAGGUGCGCUCGCUGCUCAAAGUAUCGGUGAGCCAGGGACUCAGAUGACACUCAAAACAUUCCACUUUGCCGGUGUAGCUGCCAUGAACAUUACGCAAGGGGUUCCCCGUAUUAAAGAAAUUAUUAACGCGAGUCCUAAGAUCAGUACUCCCAUCAUAACAGCGACAUUGAUCAAUGAUACGAAUUCCGAGUUUGCCGAGCAAGUGAAGGCAAGAAUUGAGAAGACGACCUUAGAAGAUGUAGCUGAAUAUAUCGACGAAAUAUAUUUGCGCGAUGAUCAUUUCCUUAUAAUAAAACUAGAUAUCGAUAGGAUUAAAACGUUAAAAUUAGAAGUUGAUGUUAAUUCCGUAUACUAUACACUCUGCACUUCAAAAUUGAAAUUAACUUCAAAGAAUGUAGAAAAGGUGACCGACUCAGUUAUUAUUAUUCGACCAAAUCGGAGUAAAGAUAAAGACUCAAAUUUUCCAUUUCGUCAACUGACAGAGGCCAUUCCAAAUGUUAUAGUAAAGGGCUUACCAUCGAUCAAUAGAGUAGUUGUACAUAAUGAAAACCUCGGUAGUAAAUCGAAAUUUACAUUAUUUGUCGAAGGAGAUAAUUUUAGAGAAGUUAUGGCAACACGUGGCAUCCUUGGUGAAAAGACAAAGUCAAAUAAUACAAUAGAAGUUUUCAAAACGCUCGGGAUAGAAGCAGCGAGAACGACUAUCAUGUCAGAAAUUAAGUCAGUAAUGGAAAAUCACGGAAUCAGUAUUGAUUGUCGACAUUUAAUGCUCUUGGCAGAUUUAAUGACUAGCAGAGGAGAAGUACUUGGUAUCACGAGACAAGGUUUGGCAAAAAUGAAAGAAUCGGUUUUAAACUUGGCAUCGUUUGAGAAAACAGCAGAUCAUCUAUUUGAUGCAGCUUAUUAUGGACAAAAAGAUAUUAUAAGCGGCGUAUCAGAAUCAAUUAUAAUGGGUAUUCCAGUUCCACUAGGCACAGGAAUCUUCAAGCUGCUUCACAAAGCAGACAAAGACGAACCAUGCAAAAAGGAACUUCUAUUUGAUGAUCCACAAUUUCACAAACCAUUGCAUUCUGGAAGACGACUUCCACGAAUACAACCGCGUCCACUAUUGCAAACUUAAUAUUAAUAAAAUAUUUUAUAUUUA